UUUUAGAGAGAGCGGAGGCUGGAAAUAGAAUGUAGUCGUCAUAUCAGAGAUAUCGCGUGAAUAAUUAAUCUAUUUGAGGACUCCUACAGCUUCUUUUUCCUUUAAAUUUCGAUCUUCGGGUGUUUUCUUGCAGGCUCUGAGUUCAUCGAAGAUCUAAUAUAAAGCUCAAUUCUAAGCCAUGGGGCAGCUGUUGUGCUGUGUACAAGUGGACCAGUCUAAUGUUGCUAUUAGAGAGCGAUUUGGAAAGUUUGAUGAUGUUCUUGAUCCUGGUUGCCAUUGCGUCCCGUGGUUCAUUGGCAGUCGCAUAGCUGGCUAUCUCACCCUACGAUUACAACAAUUAGAUGUGAAGUGUGAAACAAAAACUAAGGAUAAUGUGUUUGUCAAUGUUGUUGCAUCUGUGCAAUAUCGUGCACUUGCUGGUAAAGCAAGUGAUGCGUUCUACAAGCUUAGCAACACAAGAAGUCAAAUCCAGGCUUAUGUGUUUGAUGUAAUCAGAGCAAGUGUUCCAAAACUCAACUUGGAUGAUGCUUUUGAGCAGAAGAAUGAAAUUGCAAAAGCUGUGGAAGAUGAACUUGAGAAGGCCAUGUCUGCUUAUGGCUAUGAAAUAGUACAGACACUUAUUGUUGAUAUUGAACCAGAUGAGCAUGUCAAGCGAGCAAUGAAUGAAAUCAAUGCUGCUGCCAGGCUCAGGUUGGCUGCAAAUGAGAAGGCUGAAGCAGAGAAAAUCAUCCAGAUCAAGCGAGCUGAGGGCGAGGCAGAGGCCAAGUAUCUGUCGGGUCUUGGAAUUGCUCGGCAGCGGCAAGCAAUUGUUGAUGGAUUGAGGGAUAGUGUUUUGGGAUUUUCCAUCAAUGUACCUGGAACAACUGCGAAGGAUGUGAUGGACAUGGUUCUUGUCACACAGUACUUCGACACCAUGAAGGAGAUUGGAGCUGCCUCCAAGAGCUCUGCAGUGUUCAUCCCUCAUGGCCCUGGAGCUGUUCGAGAUAUUGCCAGCCAGAUCCGAGAUGGACUGCUCCAAACCAAUCAGGUCCAGUAAAUAUUCUGGUAUCUUUACUGUCUGAAAAAUAUAGUUUUGUGAAUUGGAAAACACUUUUUGUUUUUGCGUUGUAAUUAUUGGAGUCUGGUGCUUUAACUCAAAAUCAGAAUGAUUUGUGCGUCCUCAUUUAAGCUUUUGGUUAUUACAGUUUAUCUAAUGUGGUUCAUCCAACAUUGUGACCAAUAUCAGUAUAUGAUUUGCUAUGAUUGCUGUACUGGAAAUGCUUAAGUAAUGCAAACCUUAAUGAAUGAAUUUGUAUGAUUUUA